AUAUAUACACAUGUCCUUCACCAUUGUACUCUUCAUCACAAAACCAUCUCUAUCUAUAUUAAUCAUCCUUUUUUUUUUUGGUAAUUCGAAACCUCUCCUUCUAUACUCAAAAUGAAGAACAAGUUCAUAAAGUCAUGCGGAAGCAAACUCAAAACCAUAAAGAGUAAAUCCAUAGUCAUACCUUGUUGUACAUCUUCAUGCGAGAGUUGCUGCGACACGGUUUUGUGGAGAUUCAAGAAAGAAAAUGAAGCAAUACCAAAAGAUGUUCCAAGAGGACAUUUGGUAGUGUAUGUUGGUGAUGAUUACAAGAGGUUUGUGAUAAAGAUGAGUUUGCUUACACAUCCAAUCUUUAAAGCAUUGCUUGAUCAAGCUCAAGAUGCUUAUAACUCAUCAAGACUAUGGAUUCCAUGUGAUGAGAACACUUUCCUCGACGUUGUUCGUUGCAGUGGCACUCCGCAGCAUCAGAGAAACUGCAUUGGCAUGUAAUGCAAGAAGGAGGGAGGAUUCAAAAGACAUAUUCAUUUGAUUUUGAUUCAUCAUCUCCAGAGAGAAUUAAUGUUAGAUAAUGUUGUACACUAAUUAAGUAAGAGUUUUCGUAA